AUGCCAUCCUUCGUGGCCGACGACCCCGACCGUUCCGUCCACCACGCCAUCUCCCCGUACUCCCACUACCCCUCGAGCAAGUCUCCGGUGAUCAACGGCGACUCGAUCAAUGGGGAGGAAGUGAGACAUCCCCGCGCCCUGCCCAACGGAACUGCGUCGUCGAGGCCUGGAUACGGAGACGCGACCGCCGUGAGGUCACCCCUGCGCCAGCCCACCACCGGCUCAAUGGAGGCCACUCGCAACUCGAGCAGCGAGACCCGGCGCACCCAGACAGACGGCUCCGACUCGGUCGCCAGGACUGCCACCAGGGACGACGGAUACUUCGCUGCGGUGCAAAACGGAGUUUCCGAGGACGGCUGUCUGUCCUCCACCACUCACGUCAAACUGGAGUCGGUCGCAAACGCCGACGGUGCCGCGGCAUCCAGAGUCAUGUCGCCCACCUCCGUCUUCUCGGCUCCCAGCCCGUCCAUGUAUCAACGUGGAAGGAAGAACUCCACAGCCACCCAGGCGACCACUUCGAGUCUCACCGCACCCGACGGGUCUCUCCGUGUACCCGGGACGUCCCAUAGGCUAUCGUCACCGCCCGCCCCAGGGUAUAACGCCCCGGGGGCUCCCGGUUCGUCAUCGACUGCCUCCAACGCCGCCGCCGCCAACGCUCCUCGGCUGCAGCAACGUCACACUCUCGAGGUGCCCAAGGCUAACAACCCCCGCUCUUCCCGGGAUGUUCCUCGCACGUCUGACGACGUCGUCACGGCUACCGGCAGAUUCUCUCCUAAUACCCCUACCAGGAGAAGAGGCUCCAUGUCGCUUGUCAGGCGGCCGACGCGCUCCAUGAACUCGGAUGUCCAUCUGGACGAGGUUCCGACGGACGAGGAUGCUGCGAGAUGGGCAGAGCACAUCCGGCAAAAGCGAGCCAGCAAGCGUAAGAGGAGGGACGAGGAGGAUGAUGACAGGGUGGUUGUUGGUACCAAGGUGGACCAGAACCAUGUCAACUGGGUGACGGCGUACAACAUGUUGACCGGAAUCCGCUUCACCGUCUCGAGGACAAAUGCGAAGAUGGACAGGGAUCUUACCGACGCCGAUUUUGAGGCCAAACACAAGUUCUCGUUCGAUAUCACUGGCAAUGAGUUGACACCAUCGGCCAAGUAUGAUUUCAAGUUCAAGGACUACGCGCCUUGGGUCUUCCGGCAUUUGCGCCAGACGUUCAAGAUUGAUCCGGCCGACUAUCUCAUGUCACUUACCAGCAAGUAUAUCCUCUCUGAACUGGGAUCUCCAGGAAAGAGUGGCAGUUUUUUCUAUUUCUCGAGGGACUACAAAUACAUCAUCAAGACCAUCCACCACGCCGAGCACAAGUUCCUCCGCCGGAUAUUGAAAGAUUACUACAACCAUGUCCGGGACAACCCGAACACCCUUCUCUCCCAGUUCUACGGACUUCAUCGCGUAAAGAUACCGUACGGACGCAAGAUCCACUUUGUGGUUAUGAACAACCUGUUCCCGCCGCAUAGGGAUAUCCACCGGACCUUCGACCUUAAGGGUUCAACCAUCGGACGGGACUUCAAGGAGGAGGAUUUGGAGAAGAACCCCAGGGCCACUCUGAAGGAUCUGAACUGGUUGAGGAGAAACCUCCAUCUUGAGUUCGGGCCCGAGAAGAGGAACAUGUUUGUCGAGCAGAUGGAAAGGGACGUGAAGCUACUUCAGAAGCUGAAGAUCAUGGACUACUCUAUGCUCGUGGGCAUUCAUGACCUUGAGCGGGGCAACGAUGAGAAUCUGCGCGACAAGACGCUGCAGGUUUUCCAACCGGGUGGCGACCAAGCGGAGGACCCUAUGCCGAACUCGCUCAUGCGGACACCGUCGAAGUUGGAAAACGCGCGGAAAGCGAAGGAGCUUCGGCAGAUCAUCAAAAACCAGAAGCCGGUGCCUAUGGAUCAGACCGCUGACAAGAUGCCUGAUGAGGUUCAGGACACGAAGAAGGAUUUCUACUUCUAUAGCGAUGACGGCGGAUUCCAAGCGACACACGAGGACAAUUUGGCCGGCGAGGAGAUCUAUUACCUUGGCAUCAUUGAUUGUUUGACACACUACAGCUUCAUCAAACGCGCCGAGCACUUCUUCAAGGGUCUUGCGAAUACUGAAUCUCAAAUCUCCGCCAUUCCUCCCGAACGCUACGGCGACCGCUUCGUCCGCUUCAUCAGCGGCAUCACGAAGACACGCGAGCGCGCGGAGCUAGAGAAACAGGAAAAGCAGGCCGGCGAGAUUAUUGACGACCCUAAUCUGACUGGCGUCAACUUGCACCCCACCGACACCGACAACUCUGUCAUUCAGAAGGCGGAGAAGCAAGCACAAAAGUCGAUCAAAAAGGGCGCCAAUGAGCACAAUGUGCCGGAACGUGAGCUUCACGCCGUUCGGAGCCCGUCAGCUGAGAGGGGUGAGGUUGGCGGCAGCAUACUGCCCAUCGUAGAAGAGGCGGGCGAGUCCAACAGCGUCGGUAACCGAAGCAGGGACAGCGGCAGAAGUGGUGAGCAUAGCCCCAACUUUUCAUUGCCGUUGGGAAACACGCGGGAGAUGCCGUUCAGGACGCCACCAACUCCACCAAAGGACAAUGAUGCUCGGCCGCCUACUCCCCCAAAGGAUGAGCGGUACCUGCAUAUGCGAAGGGAUGCUCCGCCGACCCCACCAAAGGAAUACCACCACAGUAGAGACCAUGACAAAAAGCUGCCCAUGGCGCCGAACUUCGCUGAUAGCUUCGCGAGAGGCCCAACCCACAUGAAGCCGGUUGACAUGGAGGAAGUUGUCAGGAAGGUCGACAGGCCCAUGGUCAACUAA